AUGAUGGCGUAUGGCUUACGGCGUAUGGCUACUCUACUGGCUACGGGUACCGGCAUGGACCGGGAAGGCCUUGUUUCAAAGUAUGGUAUCAUUGUGUAUGCCCAGGAGGUCUUGAUGCCUGAACUGCUGAAGAUGAUGGACCAGAAGGUCAUGAGAGUUGAUGUCAAAGAUGCCUGCCAGAUUCUGAAGGAGAGCAACAAGAUCAGUGAUUUGCUUAAUGAUGAGUAA